UUUGAAUAUGGGGGGAGGGGGAGGGCAGUACGGCGGAGGGCAGUAUGGGGCCGGACAAUACGGCGCUCCCGGCAUGAUGGGAGGCCAGACCCAAGGUCACCAUGGAGGAGCAGGAGGCGGUGGUGCAAGUGGCGGUAUCAUGGGAUUUUUCAGCAAAUUGGGCCUCGGAGGAGGGGAUAGUAACAAGCCCCCGAACCCGUAUGCGAACAUGGUGCCGCCGGGGACAAUAUGCAUUGCAAAUAUGUCUGGGUCUGGAAGAGUGCAAACUUGUCAUGCAGGUUUUAUAUGACCCAUGAGGUCUGGAAUGCAGGAUCCACCAUGACAGAUGCUGUGAGAUCCGUAUCGUGUCUAUCCUGCAUGAGAAACUCCCUAUCGACCUGGUCAAAAGUGGACAACUACUUUUGGUGAUCAUGCAACACAGAUUUUUGCAUGAUUCAGAUUUGGCAUGACAAGUUGCCAUGUUCCAGACCCAGACAAAUUUGCAUUCGAUAGACAGCGCCGGGGCAGUACGGCGGACCAGCACCGUAUGGAGGUCAGCAGCCCUACAAUCCAUACGCAAACAUGGCUCCGCCCGGAACGACGAUGCCACAAUAUGGCCAACAACCCCCGCAACCCGGGCCGUACGGAGGUCAACAGCCACCGGCGGGAGCGUACGGGGGCUAUCCGCCGGGUUACGGAGGUGGACCACCUGGAACUGGUCCGCCCCCGGGGUACGGAGCACCACCGCCGCCGGGAUAUGGUGCGCCAGCAGGUUCACCUGCUGCGUUACCCGGUUACGGCGGACCCAUGAUGCAGCAGUCGCAAGCGGGAGCAGGAGCAGGUAAUUCUCCUGCAAAUACUAAUGCGGCACAACAGUUGCCGCUGGCACCAGCCCCGCCCGGGACUGAAAUUUCAAACACAGGAACUGCUGCACCGGUUACAGGAGCUAAUACUACUUCUGCCGCCUCCAUGGCCGCGGUCGGACUCGCGGGCGCGGCGGCUGGCGCUGUUGUCGCCGGGGCGGUGAUGCAACAAGAUAUGCAGCAGCAGCAGCAGGUACACCCUCCCGGACAACAGCAACAGGUGUUCAACUACGGUUCCUUCCCGGUGACGCAAGGCGCUGUUUUGAACCCUCCGCCCCAACAAAGCCUGGACAUCUUCGGACCGGAGUUCACGAUCAAACAGAAGGUGACGAAGCGAGACCUCUUGGAGAACACAUUGGGCGUCGAAAUGGGUAACUUCUACAACGUCCAGCCCUUUGGCCAUUCCGGUGACAAAAACAGCGAACUUCCCUGGAAAAUGUACGUUGAUGAAAAAUCUGACAACUGGUGCGGAAGGAUUUGCUGCGGCCCGACGAGAGGUUUAACAUUUGACGUUUUUUACCCGAAAAAGGAGAAAGACGGGGGCAUGAAAAUUUUGGAACUGAACAAACCCUUUAUCUGCUGCGAACCCUGUUGCGCGUGCUGCUGCUGUUUCUGCACGGGGUUCUGCAAGCCGAAGUUCACGGUGACGGCGACGGAACAUUUUCCGGGGAACACGACGGGGGGUAAGUACGAGAUCGGGUAUGUUCAGGAUCAUUGUCAAUUAUGCGGAACGCGGGAGGAGAUCCAUAAAAUCCGUUCUGCGAAUGAUUCUGGCAGUACAAAAAGUGGGUGCUGCGGCGAUUCGAAAUACACCCACUUGUACACGAUCAAGGGUACGUGCUGCCAGCUGGGCGCCUGCCUCCCCGCCGGGGGGAGCGCGAAGUAUCCGAUUUACAAGGGGGAUAACAACAAGGAGAAGGUCGGUAUGUUUACGAAGAUGGGGAAGGGGGUGAUGCAAUUUGUCCAGGAGCUCCUGGCCGACGCGCAGACCUUCAAAGUGACCUGCCCGCCGGAUGCGAGAGCGGAGGAGAAAGCGCUGUUGUUAUGCCAUUCUCAACUGUUACAUUCUCAACUGUAGUUACGCGGAUUUGUCAUGCAAAAUUGCCAUCAGCCUCCACUUGAUCAAGGUGCUUGGCAUGACAAAUUUUGGAAAGGCUAAGCAGCACGAUAAUCUGUGGCAAAUCUGUGAUGCGAAAGCUGCAAUAUUGCCGCAUUCACUGUUGCUGUUCUUGCAUUACAAAUCCAGGACGACUAGGAUUCGGAUCUUUUUCAAUUUCCCAAAUCAAGCCACAGCGAAACUUCGCGAAGAGAUCAGAAGGUAAAGAAAAAGAACACCGAGCUGACGCCGCGAUCUCCAAAGAAGAGCAAAUGACAGAAAAGAGAGGGACGUAGUGUAGGAAGGGUCGUGGAUCAGUAGCACUGAGAUCAAGCGAAAAGAAAAAACAAAGGAAAAAGAACGACGAAAAGACCAAGAAAGACUUCUUCACUUCAUUCAUUGCGCAGGGAUUUUGAACGACUAAUGGUGCUCAAAGAUAUCACGGUAGACCAUGUCAUAUUGCGCACGACAUAGCCCACGAAUUCCGAGAAUUGAAGUGAUGAGCAAUAUGAUUUACGAACCCGAUUGUUGACAGCUCUCGUAAUAGUCAGACUGAAAAUCAUGCGCGAAAAGGAAAGGAAAAAGAAGAAGCACAAACUCAAGGACACGACGCAAGAUGUUCUAUAAAAGAGGGAGAGAGAUGACUUAGGGGUGGCGAUUUGAAGUGUGUUGUUGAUUGUUCCCACGGGAAUGCCGUUUUACGGUGAAGACGAUCAAUUUGUAUGUGAAAGACCCUCGUGAAAUUGCAUUACAAAUCCAUGUAACAGCUGAGAAUGUAACGGUUGAGAGCGCCAUAGUUGUUGGCCGCGGGGCUCAUGGUGGAUCUCCAGUACUACGAACAGACCAACGACAAACCGGAGGAAAUGGUAUGCGUUGUAAAUAUGUCUGGGUCUGGAACAGUGCAACUUGUGAUGCUACAAUUGGAUCCUAAAAAAAAUCUGUAUUGCAUGAGCAGCAAGAGCAGUCAAAUUUGGCUACGCGCAUCGGGCAUUUGUCAUGCAGAACGCGCAUCGAUAAGCGCUCAGAAAAUCUGUGUUGCUAGGGCGGCAUACAUAGCAGACAUCGUGGAUGUGGAUCAUGGAAAAUGUGCAUGACAAACUUGUCUUCUUUCAGACCCAGACAUAUUUGCAGUUGAUAAAUGGAAGGGUAUGGAAACAUGAUUGGGGGGCUCUUUUACCCCGACAAAGCUUCCUCCAGUGCGUCGAGCGAGGCGGGAUGUUCUUCGGCAGUAGAAAACCAAAGCCAAGGUACUGGGGCUGUAAGUGGCUUCGAGGACGAGAGUGGCGCAAAGGGCGCAGUAGAGGAGAUAAGUAGUACGGGCGCUUCUAGUAAUUUCGCUGGAGAAGCACAGAGUGGCGGACGGUAUCGGGCUGGUGCGUCGAAGCUGAAGGAAAAAGCAGGCGGCACUGACUCUGCCGAGUUGUAGAUGAAAGUACGAAUUUACAGAUGCAAACACGUAAAUUGAAGAAAGGCCACUUGAAAUUGUUCGUAAAAAUUAUUUCACCUUCAAAAAUAGGCACAACCGUGGUUGUUCUCGUUUUUAUCAUCCACAUCCUUUGAUUGCUAAAUUUCAUUUUCGUGAUUUUGAAUGUUCACCGUGUCGACAGUGCGAUUUACAGUUUCGAAACCAAAAUCUAAACCCUAUACAUUACACUUUUUCAGAAGUUUGAUCCUUGCCCACCUAGAAUGAAUAGUUCGAAGUGCUGCCGCGUUUGUCAUGAAAAAA